AUGCUUCAAUGCAUCUGUCUGUUGCUCGUCUGUUACUCAGCAGUUCAUGCUGGCCCGAUCAAUUUGUUCACUAAUACCACUAUGGACGAUCGGCCAGAUAUUGAAUUCGUCGAUGGUGACAUUGCAUUUCCAGCUGGUACAGCUCCUGGAUUAGAUUCCGGAAGAAAUGCUUAUAUCAAAUCAUCAAAAUGGACUGGUGGUAUUCUUCCAUACACUAUCGACGGCGGUGUUUAUACCGCUGCACAAAUUACGACGAUCACCAAUGCUAUGCGUAAAAUUGAACAACAAACAAACAAUUGCAUUCGUUUCGUACAACGUACUAAUCAAGCAACAUGGUUACGAAUCUUUGCCGGUUCAGGAUGCUGGUCAUACAUGGGAAGAACAAAAACCAGUGGUUCACAAGAUGUAUCUCUUGCCAAACCCGGUUGUGUUUAUGAAAAUAUUGCUAUACACGAAUUAUUGCAUGCUGUUGGUUUUGCUCAUGAACAGACUCGACCCGAUCGUGAUAAUUACGUUACUAUCAAUUACAAUAACAUUCAAAGUGGUACAGAAAAUAACUUUCAACGAUAUCUUACUAGUGAUGUCAAUACAUUCAACAAAGCCUAUGAUGCCACUUCGAUCAUGCAUUAUAAAUGGAAUGCUUUCUCCAAGAAUGGCCAACCAACAAUUACAUCGAAAACGGGCUUAGCUAAUUCCGUUUUAGGCAGUUCAAAUGAACAAGGUUACACAUUAAAAAAAAACCUUCUAAUUGAAAAAAGGCAAUAUUUAUAA